CAGCUCAAUGGCUCUGCGGGGGCCGGAGAUUGCGGAGCCCGCUUCCCCCGGGCCGUUGGCCGAAGCGGCGGCCGGGGCCGAGGAGCCAAUCGAGGAAGAAGCGGAGGCGGCCGACGGCGGCCAGGGGCAGGCUCUGUUGCGUUGGGACCGCUUCUCGGCCUGGCUGCACUGUGUGUGCGUGGUGGGCUUCGAUCUGGAGCUGGGCCAGGCUGUGGAGGUAAUAUAUCCUCAGCACUCCAAACUUACAGAUAAAGAGAAAACCAAUAUUUGCUACUUGUCUUUUCCAGAUUCCAAUUCAGGUUGUCUUGGAGACACCCAGUUUUGUUUUCGAUUCCGACAGUCUUCUGGCAGGAAGGUGUCAUUGCAUUGUCUUCUGGACCAAUUUGACAGAGAUUCACCUGUUUGCUUAAAGAAAGAUCCUGCAUAUUUCUAUGGUUAUGUUUAUUUCCGACAAGUUCGAGAUAAAACAUUAAAAAGAGGCUACUUCCAGAAGUCUUUGGUUUUGAUCAGCAAACUACCUUAUAUCCAUUUUUUUCACACGGUGCUAAAACAGAUAGCACCAGAGUAUUUUGAAAAGAGUGAACCUUAUUUGGAAGCAGCUUGUAACGAUGUUGACCAUUGGCCUGCCCCUAUACCCGGGAAGACAUUACACUUGCCAAUUAUGGGAGUGGUUCUGAAGGUGCGGAUUCCAAUGUGCCAUGACAAGCCUGGAACAACCCAGAUAGUACAGUUCACUCAGCAGACGGACACGCAAAUAUCUCUUGUUCUGCCUACCAUUCAUGAGGUGGAUAUUUUCAGGUGUUUCUGCCCAGUGUUCCUUCACAGCCAGAUGCUUUGGGAACUGGUUUUGUUGGGAGAAUCUCUUGUUGUGAUGGCUCCAUCUCCAUCUGAGUCUUCAGAAACUGUUUUGGCGCUCAUUAGCUGUAUUUCUCCACUGAAGUACUGUAGUGAUUUCAGACCGUAUUUCACUAUACAUGACAGUGAAUUCAAAGAAUACACUACCCGUACACAGGCCCCGCCUUCUGUCAUUUUAGGAGUCACAAACCCAUUUUUUGCUAAAACUCUUCAGCACUGGCCACACAUUAUUCGAAUAGGAGACAUUAAAUUGGCAGGUGAAAUUCCCAAACAAAUGAAAGUGAAAAAGCUGAAGAACCUAAAGACCUUGGAUUCCAAACCAGGUGUCUAUUCUUCUUAUAAACCAUUCUUGAAUCGAGAUGAAGAAGUCAUAAAACAGCUACAAAAGGGUGUUCAGCAGAAGCGUCCUUCUGAAGCCCAAAGUGCAAUUCUGCGGCGUUACUUCUUGGAACUGACACAGAGCUUCAUCAUUCCAUUAGAACGGUAUGUGGCAAGUUUGAUGCCUUUGCAGAAGAGCAUUUCUCCAUGGAAGAGUCCACCUCAGUUGAGACCAUUUCUUCAAGAAGAAUUUAUGAAAACACUUGAGAAAGCAGGACCUCAGCUAACCUCCAGAUUAAAAGGAGAUUGGAUAGGACUCUACAGGCAUUUUCUAAAAUCUCCAAACUUCGAUGGCUGGUUCAGGACACGGCAGAAGGAAAUGACGCAGAAAUUGGAAGCAUUACACUUAGAAGCUCUUUGUGAUGAGGAUUUGCUUCUCUGGACCCAGAAACAUACUGAGGUAGAAACAGUGGACCUUGUAUUAAAGUUGAAGAGUAAACUGUUACAGGUUGAUCGUGAACAGCUGCCUGUGAAACCUGGCACUGUGGAAAAGUUACGGAUGCAUAUCGAAGCAAUUAUUUUAGCGCUGCCAGAAGACCUGCAGGAUAUUCUGCUCAAAACUGGCAAAACAUGAUGUCUGCUUGGAUUUUUCAGAUCAACAGGAUUUUUCAACAAUGAAGCAUAGGAAACAUUUCAGAGACCCUCACAAAGACGAUUGAGGCAGAACAAUGGAAAGCAGUUAGAGAUAUUACCAAAAGACAUUCUAAUGUGUUGAAAAUUUUUAGCUCAUUUUUUAAACCAAAAUUUACAGUGGCUCCACUUUAAUACAGACUAAUGGAUAAAUAUUUCUAUAUUUUUUACUUAUGUUUAAAAGUGCUCUUAUGAGAGACCUGUGAGGGGCAAAAGCAUGUAAAAUCCCAUGCUGCAAUGCUGGCAUUGCAGAUUUAUUUUUAAACUAAUGCUACUGUGCCCAGUCAAGUUAAUUCUCAGGGGAAAGGAACAUUCACAGAGGUUAAAAGAGGAAGACAAAAAGAAACCCAAGAUGUCCUAUCAUGUUGAUAUCUAAUUAGUGCCUUCCUUUCUGCCUACAUUUUUCACAUUACAACCCCAGCCGUUGUUCUUGGGGCUGACUCAGAUUUAUGUAAUGUACCAGAUAUUUUAUUGAUUAAUCACUACUAAUGAAUAACAGGUAUUUUAUGGCUCCAAGGCUGUUAAUUAGUAGAGAUGACUUUUUCGAUCCUACACUUUUUUUAUUCCAUAACUUUUUGGCCCCCUGUAUUUUUGUUUAAUUAUUAUCUCACUAAAGAAGAGAAGCCAUGUAAUCAUGAUUUGGAAAUGGAGAAACUAUUAUCCCCUGUCCUUUAAUGCUUGGGCCUUUUAGGCCAAAUAAUAUGGGUGCUUCUCUCCAAGCCAGAAUUGUUACCAAUCUCACAAAGAGAGUGGGUUUUGUUUUAUAAUGUUUAAAUCUUCUGACAAGAAAAAGUGUACAUAGGCCUUUAAUAUGAUCGUCUUCGCUGUGAUUACCUGAGAUGACUUCAGUGGCAUUAUUUGUUUUGUGGCUCCUUUGUUUUAUAUAUAUACAAAAACUGAUUCAGUAAUAUUUCUUGUUUCAGUUUCUUCACUUCUGACUGACACUGAGUCUUUUUUGUCUUUCACUGUUUCAAUUCAUUUUUUGGACUGGUCAGUUCCAUGAUGCAUAGAAGCCAGAAUGUGGAUCGGUCAUAAUGAUUGUGCGGUUUGGGCUUCAAAAAGAGGUACAGCAGAAGCCACUUAAAAAUAGGCACAGACUGUACAAUACUUGUGUAAAUAGCCCGAUAUUAAAUUUUCAAGGGCGGAAAACAAAUUUAAUUGUGUUCCUUCUUAGGUUGCCCAGGUCUCAUUUGCUUUCCAUUUAUAUCAAUGGAGGACGUACUUCCAAGUAUAAAACCGCUACAGUUUUAGAGAAAUAUACAGUCUUUUUACUCACGAAUAAGACCUUGCGGGAUCAUACCUUACAGUUAUGUAAGGGAUACCUCACUGGAACAGAGGUGCCAACUUGUCAUUUUAAGUAUAGGGGCGAAAAGCAGGGAGGGAUUUUAGGGAGGGUGAGGAGCAGAAGGGCAACGGUUUCAAAUGGGUGAUAGCCCAGAGAGCUCCAAUUUUGGGUGUUUGGGGGUACUGACUGGAUAUUCUCAGAUCUUGUCAGAGACUUGGGAGAAGCAAGUCUGGCUCAAAAAGCUGGGCGGAUGAUUGCCCCCAGGCAGCAAGCGCCUGUCUAUGCAUUGGAAAUGAAUUGUUUGCUUUGGAUUAGAUCAUGUGUUUUUCACGAAUCUGCAGUCCUCCUUGGGGGACAAGAGGAAUUACAUUUGUACACUAAAACGCUUCAUAUCUUUCUAGAAAGCCUUAUUAAGAUGUAAACAGUCACCUUUGUAUUUUUUUUACAAGAAGACAUAUUUUAGUAUUCUUUGUUUAUAUGCAAUUUGUGACCAGAAAUGAAACUGUAAUAGUGUUGAUUCAAAAAUGAAUCUUGAAAUGAAUGCCACUAUAUGAUGUUUGCUAAUUUUCCAUUUAUCUUGCACACCUGAAGAAUAGUGAAGUGGGUGUGGCCAUAUCUUGUCUGUAUUUCUGUAUUUUAUUUAACUGAAGAAUAACCUCUUGAAAAUCCUGUAAACUGGGCACCCAGCGGUUGCUUGUCAGUUGACUACAGCUGUACAAAACCAUAUUGGAAAUCUGAGACUGAUGUUAUUUUCUCAACAAUUAUUAUAUAUUUGGGAAUGAUUUUUUUCUUUAAAAUCUAAACCCUACCACAUACUGUCUACCGUCACUAGCCUCAGAAGGCAUCAUUGCUUUAUGUCUGUUAUGGAAGGCUUUUUACUAACUUCUAAGAAGGAGGCUUUGGGGAGAGAAGGCACAGCAGUUGCCUGAUGAAAUGAUUAAAGGUCUCAAAUACUAAAA